CCCUCCCCCGCCCCCCUAGGUUUCAUCACCCUGCUCCGCGUUUGACGGCGCUGCCGCCGCCAUGUCCACACCGGUGGAUCGAGCUCGCCCGUGGGAGGACGGACGCAAAUCAACUGGCAUCAGGUCAUCCUCUUCUCUUCCCAGCGGCAGCGAGACGGCGGCCGAGAGACUCACCGAGGACCUCCUAGUCGAGAUACUCUCGCGCGUGCCCGCCAGGCCGCUCUGCCGCUUCAAGUGCGUCUCCAAGCACUGGCUCGGCCUCAUCAACGACCGCACCUACCGCCGGAAGCUCCCCCAGACCCUGACCGGCUUCUUCUUCAGCGGCACCACGGAGGAGCAAUUGGUACAUCCAGUUCUUCCUUUCACCAAUUUAUCCGGGAGCCGCAGUCGCACCAGUCUUACCUUCCUGCCCAACGGCCGGGACGCCUUUCUUUUGGACUGCUGCAAUGGCUUCCUUCUCUACGACGUAUCUGCCCAUCUUGGCAAGCGCCGUUACGUCGUGUGCAAUCCUGCCACGGAGGAAUGGACUGAGUUGCCGCAUUGCGACCAUCCGGCUGGGUGGGUAUUGUGCGCUUAGGUUUUGAUCUAGCCGUGUCCCCCCACUUCCAUGUGUUUUUGUUGACGGACCAACUAAAUGGAUUUGGUCUCCCGGGAGUGGACGGCUGUUCAUAUGUCUAUUCAUCGGAAACCGGGAGGUGCGUUCAUAAGGAGAAGAAAUGGUACUGGGAUAUUGAUCUCGUUCGUGUUCACUCAGCUGCAUAUCUAACGAAAAAGGCUUUUCGCCCUGCUAUAUUGAUAUAGCAACCGCCCGAUACAACAAAGAGUCCAAUGCUGGGGCAAAUAGCACAAGCAUGCCCAAAAGAAACAAAAGAGAAAGAACAGAGAAAAUAAUGUCCACAGCGUCGGAUCGACGAAAACGAUGAUAACCCAAAACCGUUGCGCCCACCGGAGAUGUACCACCUCGCUCCAGGCACCUCGAACCUCCGCAUACCAAGCAGCACCUUCAGGAAGGAACACGAUGACG